AUGGCCGUGCCACAACUUUACUACUUCACUAUUCGAGGAUUCGGAGAAUACAUCCGUCUUCUGUUCCUCGACAAUGGUAUCAAAUUCGAAGACAUUCGGUUCGACUACGAGGGGAAUGAAUGGCAAGAGUUUAAAAAAGGAAUGCUCCUUGGUCAGUUGCCAUGCUUGAAGGUGGACGGGCAAGAGAUUGUGCAGACUGGAGCAAUUAUGCGUCAUUUGGGAAGAGUUCAUGAUCAAUCGUCUCGCUCUCAUCGAUGUUGCCAAUGUCUGUCUAUCGGACUUUUUUCCAUUCAUAGUGAAGCAACUUUCUGUCUUGAAGAUUUUCGAAUUACAAGAUAUUGGUCCCUAUGGAGUGGCAAUAAAAAUGGUCGGAUGCCUGAUAGAAGCUCUGCUGUUCUGCAGAACCUUGAGGAAAAAUAA